UUGAUUUGCAAUCGUUGGAUACGCCACGGUUGAACGACGGGCAGGAGGUGCUUUUUUGUUGUUUUGUUUCUUUAGCAGAAACCAACCCAAACACCCCGUCAUGGAAUCGUCUUCGUCUUCAAAAGGACACGCACCCGAAACAGUGCCGGAAGAUCCGGAAGCCGGCCUGAUCGAAGACAUGGAGGAGGAGCGGAGAAACUUUUUCAAAAUCAUCGCCGCCUUCAAGUACUACAGGCACAGCUCGAUGGCGGAACUGAAGCGGAAGGAAUGCUUUCUCGAGACGCUACCACCGGCCCACCAGCAGAUGCUGACCAGCUACCGGGAGCACCUGCAGAACCAGCGGCGCUGCGUCGAGGUGAACGCGCAAGUGAUCAAGCAGAUCAUACAGGACGCCAACUGUCUGUUUCAAAAUGCGGACCACAACAUCGAGCCCGAGCUGCAGCCGGCGGACGGGUUGAAGCUGCGCUAUCAGGACUUUCAAAAGGUGCAAAUCACGCUGAAGCAAAUCUUUCGCGACUGGAGCGAGCAGGGCAAGCUGGAGCGGGAUCAGUGCUACAGCCCAAUCGUACAGGAGAUUACGGCCUUCUUCAACCCGGCAAAAUAUGACCUGACAAAGGUGAAAAUUCUGGUGCCCGGCGCCGGGCUAGGGCGGCUAAUUUACGAGCUUGCCUGCCAGGGGUUUUACUGCGAGGGCAAUGAGUUUUCGCUCUUCAUGCUUAUUGCGUCCAAUUUUGUAUUAAACAGAUGCGUUGUGGCAAAUCAGUGUACAAUCUAUCCGUGGGUGCACCAGGUGGUGAACAAUCUGAGCCAGCACAAUCAGCUCGUUCCGGUUUCCUUUCCCGAUGUUAGCCCUACAAAAUUCCCACCCAAAGGGACGAUGAAUAUGGUGGCGGGAGACUUUCUGCAGGUAUACCGGGACGAAGAUUACUGGGAGUGUAUAGCCACCUGCUUCUUCAUCGACUGUGCUAACAACAUCAUCGAGUUUAUCGAGGUGAUCAAGAAGAUACUGAAACCCGGCGGCAUUUGGGUGAAUCUGGGACCGCUGCUGUACCACUUUUCCGACGUGCCGCAGGAGGGCAGCAUCGAGCCGACGUACGAGGAUUUGCUGGAAAUUAUUCGCUCUCUUGGUUUCAUCAUUCUCAAAAAUGAAACAAACAUCGUGACGACGUACUCGCAAAAUCCCACCUCCAUGCACCAAAGCCACUACAACAGCAUAUACCUGGUUUGCCAGAAACCAAACAACUGACCUUAUGCCAUCGCCUUCGCCAUCGUAGGCUGUAAUGAAUGUUGCGAAAUCAAAAGGAUUUAUAUGAUACACCGGGCAGGAUGUAACGAACUAUUUUCAUCGGAAAGAAUAAAGAGAAUUGAUUACGCUUUACCCA